AUGACUACAGCCACAGAUAACUUUGAAAGACUGCGUGCAGUCGGCCUCUCGGAGAAAUACUCCACCUCGCGGCAUCCCCUGGGUUUCUAUCUAAACGUUGCUUUUUCGGCAAAUUAUACCAUCCCGGACACAUUCACCCUCCCUCUCAAGGACUACGUCUACAAGGCGGCUGAGACAUUGAUCAAUCUGCAUCCCAUACUCUCUGCAAUUCCUCUAGGCGAAGACACCAAGGAUCCUUACUGGGUGCGACUCACAGAGAUCGAUCUUAGCCAACCAAUUUCCUUUCAAAAGGCUGCGCAGACCUUGUCGCUAGACGAAAAUGACAGCGAACUGAAGUCUGUUCUUGAAACCCAACAUGGCAUCGGUUUCACGGCGCCAUCGCCGUUCUGGCGGCUUCUCAUCUUGACGGAGGAUGAUGAAUCUAGACGUUUUACUGCAGUAUUUGUGUACCACCAUGCGCUCGGCGACGGCACCUCCGGCAAGACAUUCCAUCGGGCGUUUCUACAGGCUUUACGUGGAGCUGCAUCUUUACAGCCGGACGAAGCUAAACAAGUGGUCACCUCACCAAAGAUGCCCCUCUUACCCAACCUAGAAGCCGUCCAUCCACUUCCCAUCUCUCUCCCCUACAUUCUCAGGAUCGCAUUCAAGGAAUGGGUCUAUUCCAAGCCAGAUCCCAAACUAUGGGCAGGCGGCCCAUUCCAGGUUCCGCUGAAGACAAAUAUCCAUUUCCUUGUCUUAACAGCCGCUCAGACAUCAGCUCUCGUCAAGGUGUGCCGCGAACACAGCACAACACUCACCUGUGCACUCCACACGGCCAUCGCUCGCUCGAUCUUCGCUCAUGUUCCCGAGAAAUUCACUCGUGUGGCGGGUAGCAUACCCAUCACUCAACGUCCUUGGCUUCCAGAUACAAUCACGGAAGAUUCAAUGGGUGUUUAUGUGCAGGAGCUCGGGGAGACCUUUUCGCGCAAGGCAGUGACUGAGAAGACUUUCCCAUGGAGCGAAGCCCAGCGGGUCCGGGAAUCGGUCAAGAAGGAGGUUGCUCUGAAGAGUAAGAACACUUCUGUCGGUCUUUUCAAAUACGUCAAAGACUACCGUAAGGAUUUGUGCGAGUCCAAAAUUGGCAAAGAGAGAAGAUCGACGUUUGAAUUGUCUAGUCUUGGUGCUACGAAGGCGGAGAAUACGGGUGACUCGUCAAUUCCGCAGAUGGGUAGGGUUAUCUUCACUCAAUGUGCGAGUGUAACAGGUGCUGCUCUUGCGUUCUCUGUCAUAACUGGCCUGGAUGGGUGUUUGACGUUGGGAAUCUCGUGGCAACAGAAUGUUGUGGACGGUGAUAUAGUGCAAGCUGUGAUCGAUACGCUCAAGAAGGAGCUGCACCAGAUUUCUGCCUGA